AUGGGGAUGAAGCGAUGCGUCGUCGUUCCUAGCAUCCUGCUCAUGCUUGCACUCCUCGUCGCCGGCGACGAGGUGGGCGCCAUUCUCCUGCCCAGCCAAGCCAAAGACGAAGCAGCCAUGGCCAUGGCGGCGCCCAAGAGGCCGUGGAAGUGCUGCGACCGGGCCUUGUGCACCAGGUCGCUCCCGCCGAUCUGCACCUGCAUGGACGAGCUCUUCGAGUGCCCCUCCACCUGCAAGGCCUGCGGGCCGUCCAUCGAUGGCCUGUCCCGCCACGUCUGCCAAGACCAGCACGUCGGCGACCCCGGGCCCAUUUGCAGGCCGUGGGAGUGUUGCGACCUGCCUAGCUGCACGAGGUCGUACCCGCCGACGUGCCGCUGCAUGGACGAGGUUGACAAGUGUGCUCCCACCUGUAAGAGCUGUUUGCCGUCCAGGUCUCGCCCUUCCCGCCGCGUCUGCAUCGACAGCUACUUUGGACCCUUCCCUCCAGCAUGCACGCCCAAGGUUGUCGCCGCCGGCGGUAACUAG